GUAGUUUUUUUUGUCCUUUGCCUAGCUUGACUGUGGUCCACAAACAGAAUAGAGAAUGUGACUCCAGCCUCCGUAAACCGACGCUGGAUCUGCUGGUUCCGUUCGCUUUUUCCUCCCCGUCCAAAUGGACCUCGGUGGGGAGUAAACAGAGUGUUGUUCCCUCUCAGCUGUGGAGAAUGAUCCACCGGCAGGUGCCUCUGUUUCAGGUUUCGCUCUGCUUUGGCUUCCCUGAUCAUUAUGCUGAUGCAGCUCUGUAGUUUCAAGAACCUGUACCAGAACCGGCUCCUGAGCCUGGCUGCCAUGGCCACCCCGACCCGCAGCGGCUUGCCCCGCCAACGCUGUAAGGACGCAACGCGCCACAGUUACGGCCCAGAAUCCUUCGCUGUCAACGGUCUGAACCAGGACACCUUUGUGCUGGCGUUACCCCGCUCCACCAGUGACACUGAUCUGGUCUCACCAGACACCCGCUCCACGCUCACCGUCAGCUCCGCCCACUACAUCAUCGGACAGUCUGAAGACCUGGUCAUCUCAUGGGACAUCAAGGAGGAAGUGGAUGCUGGUGAUUGGAUUGGAAUGUAUCUCAUUGACGAGGCUCAGUCUGAGAACUUUCUGGACUACAAGAACCGAGGGAUCAGUGGAUCUCACAAAGGACAGAUUGUUUGGAAAAUUGACUGCAGCUCCCACUUCACUGACUCUGAGACCUUGGUGUGCUUCAGGUACUACCAUGGAGUCACCGGAGCGCUACGGGCCACUACCCCCAGCGUGACCAUCAGAAAGAUCUCUGCUGCGGCAUUAAAGCCUGUGGUGAGUCCUCAAGUCAACCAUGGACUGGGCAACAGAAGACUCAUCAACUUUUCCCUGUCAGAGCUUCAGGCAGUUGGACUGAAGAAGGGGAUGUUCUUCUAUCCUGACCCGUACCUGAAGCUCUCCAUUCAGCCUGGAAAACACAGCAUCUUCCCCUCGCUGCCGCACCACGGCCAGGAGAAACGCUCUGGAGUGGUGUGCAACACAGUUAACCCUCAGUGGAGCGCAGAGAGGUUUAACUUCGUGUCUCUACCCACUGACGUCCUGGAGAUUGAGGUGAAGGACAAGUUCGCCAAGAGUCGGCCAAUCAUCAAGCGCUUCCUGGGAAAGCUGUCCGUUCCCGUCCAGAGGCUGCUGGAAAAACACGCCAUCGGAGAUCGGGUUGUGAGCUAUACUCUGGGCCGUAAGUUACCAACGGAUCACGUCUGUGGACAGCUGCUGUUCUGCUUCGAGCUGACCUCGUCUAUCCACCCAGACGAUGAGGAGGUGUCUCUCGUCAUGGAGGUGGCCUGCGCUGAGCAGGGCAACACGGCCGAGGUGAACCAUGCUGCUGCUGCCGCUCCUGAUGAUGAUGCUCUGAGUGUGGGCCCUGACAUCACCGACCUCCCCGUGGACGCUCCUCCUGAGGCCGGCACUCCCACGCAGCAGGACAGCCCUCCUGCUGAGAGGGAGGAGGAAGAAGCUGUCCAGAUGGAGCAGGGAACAGAGGAGGAGGAGGAGCACACAGUGAGGGAUGAACCCCCGGCCUCUCAGCCCGAGGAGCAGCCGGAGGGGGCGGUCCUACCUGAGCAGCAGGAGGGAGGAGAGGAGCAGAGAGGAGAGUCAGUUCCACAAACUGAGGAGGAGGAGGAGGCGGUAGGAGAAACAGAGGCUGAGGACAAAGCCCGGCUGGAGUCUGAGCAUCCUGCAGCGGCACAGAUGACUGAGGACACCGCUGCUGUGAAGGAGAACCCUCCACCCCAGGAGGCUACCGAGGCAGGAGAGCCGAGCUGUGCCCCGUGCUCCUGCCAGGCUCUCUUCACGAACCACAGCUCCCACGCUCCCUCGCGGCGUAAAACCCGCCCGUGCUCCCUCCCGGUGUCGGAGCUGGAGACUGUGAUUGCGUCGGCCUGCGGCGAGCCGGAGACGCCGAGGUCCCACUACAUCCGGAUACACCACCUCCUCCACAGCCUCCCGUCGGCCAGAGCUCCCAGCCAGGAGAAGGAGCCAGAGGAGGAGGGCAGUGCUGUGGACUCCACCGUCACAUCACCGACACUCAAAUCGUCUAAAGAGGAGGAGUGGGAGCAGAAGGAGGAGGAUACAACCCAGUCUCCAUCUCAGGUCACAGAGUGUCCUGGCCCCUGCUGCCGGCGCUCUCUGCCCCGCAGCCUCUCCAUUGAGCAUCUCUCCGAGCUCAACCAGCUCCUGGAAGGCGACAGAGGAAGAGGAGGUCUGGCAGAGGUGAGGAGGAUCUCCCCCUCGUGCCUGGAGAGCGAGGAGGGGGACUCCAGUCACGCAGGAGGCAGGAGAGUCUGCGGCAGCACCCACAGGCCUCCAGGGGAGCACGAGUGUGAGUUCUGCGACACCUCCUGCUACAGCACCUCCUGCUACAGCACCUCUUGCUACAGCACGUCGUGCUACAGCAACUCAGGCUACGAGGGGCGGGGCCGCUUCUGCAGCCACACCCGCCUCUCCUCGGUGGACAGCAACCGGCUCUCCGGCAGCACCGUGUUCUCCUCCCAGGACGAAGACGAGGACGAGGAGAGCGCCUUUGAGUCGGUGCCUGACGCCAUCCAGCCCGAGGGUCCGGACAGAGGUGGGGCAGGAGGGGAGAGGAGCACGGGCAGGUGGAAGGAGGCCAGGAGAGGAGAGCAGGGGGAGCCAGUUGUACCUGGGCCCAGUGACAAAAACAGCAUCGGCCCAGACUUCUCCCCUCCUGUCGGCCAUGUUCCAGUUCUGCGACCCAGCCAUGACCCAAAUCAUUUUCCUGCUGCCACUGACCAAGCCUUACCUCCAAACUGGGAAGCCCGCGUCGACAGCCACGGCCGGGUUUUCUACGUGGAUCACGUGAACAGGACCACCACCUGGCAGAGGCCGAGCCACAGUGGAAAGUGUAACCAUGGGAUGUCCCGCUCCGGCUCCACUCAGCAGAUGGAGCAGCUCAACCGAAGGUACCAGAACAUCCAGAGGACCAUGGCAACAGAGGAGGAUGCUGGGAGUCAGAGAUCAGACAGCGACUCUGAGCCUGCUCAGACAAGUCCUGCCUCUCCUGUCAAUCACCAGAAGGUCACCAACCUCCUCCAGUCACCGGCUGUCAAGUUCAUCACACACCCCGAAUUCUUUACUGUGUUGCACAGCAACUAUGCAGCCUACCGUAUGUUCACCAGCAGCAGCUGUGUGAAGCACAUGAUACUGAAGGUACGACGUGACGCCAGAAACUUUGAGCGCUACCAACACAACAGGGACCUGGUGGUCUUCCUCAACAAGUUUGUAGACACACAGCUGGAGUUGCCCAGAGGCUGGGAAAUCAAAACAGACCCUCAGGGAAAGUCGUUUUUUGUGGAUCACAACAGCCGAGCCACAACCUUCAUCGAUCCCCGAAUCCCUCUGCAGAACGGCCGGCUGCCGGGCCACCUGGCCCACAAACAGCACCUGCAGAGACUGCGCAGCUACAGCGCCGGCGAGGCCUCGGAAGUGUCCCGGAGUUGGGGGGCUUCUCUGAUGGGCCGUCCCGGAAACAGCCUGGUGGCAGCCAUACGGAGCCAGCAUCACACUGACCCACAACAACUGACCACUCUGUCCUACAAUGACAAGAUCGUAGGAUUUCUGCGGCAGCCCAACAUCUUCGAUAUGUUGCAGGAGAGACAACCCAGCCUGAGCAGAAACCACACACUGAGAGAAAAGAUCCACUACAUCCGGACCGAAGGGAAUCAGGGGGUGGAGAAGCUGUCGUGUGAUGCAGACCUGGUCAUCCUGUUGAGUUUAUUUGAGGAGGAUAUCAUGUCCUACAUUCCUCCUCACCCCAUUCACCCUGGCUUCAGCUUCUCCCCUCGCUGCUCACCUGUCUCCUCCCCACAGAACUCUCCGGGCCUGCAAAGGGCCCGGGCCCCGGCUCCUUAUCGCAGAGACUUUGAAGCCAAACUGCGAAACUUCUACAGAAAACUAGAAGCUAAAGGCUAUGGCCAGGGUCCCGGCAAGAUCAAGCUGUUGAUCAGGAGGGAACACCUGCUGGAGGGAACCUUUAACCAGGUCAUGGCUUAUUCUCGCAAAGAGCUGCAGAGGAACAAACUCUACGUCACCUUCCUGGGGGAGGAGGGGUUAGAUUACAGCGGCCCGUCCAGAGAGUUCUUCUUCCUUCUGUCUCAGGAGCUCUUUAAUCCCUACUACGGUCUGUUUGAAUACUCUGCUAACGACACGUAUACCGUGCAGAUCAGCCCCAUGUCAGCUUUCGUUGAGAACCAUCUAGAAUGGUUCCGGUUCAGCGGUCGUAUUCUGGGUCUUGCUCUGAUCCAUCAGUACUUGUUGGAUGCUUUUUUCACCAGACCCUUCUACAAGGCGCUGCUCAGACUAGCGACGGACCUGUCAGAUCUGGAGUACCUGGACGAGGAGUUCCACCAGUCUCUGCAGUGGAUGAAGGACAACGACAUCACAGACAUCCUGGACCUCACCUUCACCGUGAACGAGGAGGUUUUUGGCCAGGUGACGGAGCGGGAGCUGAAGUCGGGCGGCUCCCACCUGCAGGUGACUGAGAAGAACAAGAAGGAUUACAUAGAGCGAAUGGCUAAAUGGAGAGUGGAGCGAGGAGUGGUGCAACAGACCGAGGCGCUGGUCAGAGGCUUCUACGAGGUGGUGGACUCCAGGCUGGUGUCAGUUUUUGAUGCCCGGGAGCUUGAGCUGGUCAUUGCUGGGACUGUAGAGAUCGACCUGAGCGACUGGAGGAGCAACACCGAGUACAGAGGAGGUUACCAUGAUGGCCACAUAGUGAUGCGCUGGUUCUGGGCAGCAGUGGAGAGGUUCACCAAUGAGCAGCGCCUCCGCCUGCUGCAGUUUGUCACAGGGACGUCCAGUGUUCCCUAUGAGGGCUUUGCAUCCCUGAGGGGGUCCAACGGCCUCAGGCGCUUCUGCAUCGAGAAGUGGGGCAAAGUCACGUCACUACCCAGGGCUCACACGUGUUUCAACCGCCUCGACCUGCCUCCUUACCCUUCCUACAUCACGCUCUACGAGAAACUGCUGGUGGCUGUGGAGGAAACCAGCACAUUUGGCCUUGAGUGAUGCGGACCAAUCAAGCCACAUCUCUGGGUCUGGGAAGCUGGAAGGAUGGGGAUGACGUGUGAAGUGUUCUGGACAAAGUGGAGUGGAUCUCUGUGUUCGUUCUGACUGAGCAAUGAGAAUCCCUCUGACUGCACCCAACAUGAGGGAGGUCACUGCAGGGCAACAGUGAUUUUAUUAUUCUUCAUUAGGAGCUGAACGUGAAGACUUGACUGGCUUUUUAAAAACUGUAUUCUCAUAUAUUUAGUCACCCAAAUAAUGAGCUCUUAUAAUAACGCUUCCAAGAUAACAAAAUACUUUAAUUCUGAACAUAAAGUAAAUAACUGGCCUUUUACAAAUUCAAUAUAAUCAAUAUUAUUAAUAUUAUUAUUAAGUCAGUGCCUCACACUGUUAAAAUUUAUCUUUAAUACACAAAACAGUUUAAGUAAUGAGAUGAUAAAUGAUCCAACUAUAAAACAAUCUAAUGUAAUAAUAUAAAACCAGAAUGAAACGAAUGCAACUAUACAGAAAUAUUAUUAA